UCUUAUUGGAGCUGGUGGCCUUCCUGGCGUCCAACAUCCAUGUCCCUUUUGAAGGCUACAGAGAGCAAGAUUCUUACCUGUAUUCAAAAUAAUCUCUGGGCAAGGUUUGUGACACUUCCAAACCAGGAUCGAAUAUGGACGCUAACCCUUACAAACAAAAUGCUUUCAAAAUCUGUAGAGCAAGAUGUUAAAAUUCCGCUGGUAAUGGUCCAUGGUUUUGGAGGCGGGGUAGGCCUAUGGAUUAGGAACCUCGAUGCCCUGAGCCGGUCACGACCAGUUUAUGCCUUUGACCUCCUUGGCUUCGGUAGGAGCUCCAGACCUUCUUUCCCAUCUGAUGCAGUCAAAGCCGAGGAGCAGUUUGUUAACUCCAUAGAGCAGUGGAGGCAGUCUGUAGGUCUGGAGAACAUGAUUCUGUUGGGCCAUAGCCUGGGCGGUUAUCUUGCUACAUCCUAUGCCAUCCAAUACCCCUCGAGAGUGUCCCAUCUUAUCCUGGUUGAUCCUUGGGGUUUCCCCGAGAGACCACAGAUCCAGAGCCAGGAAAUCCAGGGUAACUCCACAGAGUUGGUAAAGAGACCAUCUCCACCUCGCUGGGUGAAAGCAAUUGUUUCCGUAGUUUCCCUCUUCAACCCGCUGGCUGUUAUCAGAGCAGCAGGCCCAUGGGGUCCCGGAUUGGUGAACCGAUUUCGUCCGGAUUUCAAAAGAAAAUUUGAGGAUUUGUUUGAUGAUGACACAAUGACGCAGUACAUCUACCACUGUAACGCUCAGCCUCCCAGUGGCGAGGUAGGUUUCCGGGCCAUGGCUGAGUCUCUGGGUUGGGCCAAGAGACCUAUGCUCCAGCGGGUCCAUCUCCUACCCAGCUCCAUGCCACUAACCAUGCUGUAUGGGGCCCAGUCAUGGGUAGAUAGUUCCUCUGGGGACCAAGUGACCCAGGUUAGGAGCCCUGCUCGCACCAAAGUGCUGCUAAUACAUGAUGCUUCUCACCACGUAUAUGCUGAUCAACCAGAGAAGUUCAACAGAGUGGUAGAAAACAUAUGCAACUCCGUUAACUGA